CGCCAUUUUCCAUCGACGACCGACAGGAACAAACCGGCCGGAGAGGAAAAUAAACUGUGAACUGCAACAAACACGAUCUAGUCAUGCACCGUGACUGUCCUCUUGACUGCAAGGUCUACGUUGGAAACUUGGGCAACAAUGGAAACAAGACAGAGUUAGAGAGGGCAUUUGGCUACUAUGGUCCUCUUCGCAGUGUCUGGGUGGCUCGGAACCCCCCAGGCUUCGCUUUUGUAGAAUUUGAAGAUCCCAGAGAUGCAACUGAUGCUGUGCGGGAACUUGAUGGAAGGACAUUGUGUGGUUGCCGGGUACGGGUAGAGCUAUCCAAUGGCGAGAAGCGCAGCCGCACCCGUGGCGCUCCCCCUUCAUGGAGCAGACGUCCUCGAGACCGAGACGACUACAGGAGUCGGCGUAGUCCACCAGCCAGGCGAAGAUCCCCACGCAGGAGGAGCUUCAGCCGCAGUCGAAGCAGGUCUUUCUCCAGAGAUAGGAGGAGGGAGAGGUCCCUCUCACGGGACAGGAACCACAAACCUUCGAGAUCUUUCUCUCGAUCAAGGAGCCGCUCCAGGUCUAAUGACAGAAAGUAGAGGAGUGUCUGUCAGACGUAAAGGGAGUUGAAGAAAACGGUUGUACAGGCUUUGCCGUUUCAUUUGAUGGACAUCUACAUGACCAUCAGGUCUUUUUUGUUUUGGGAUUUUUUUUAAAAAACAAUCAAGCAUUUUAGUCUCCCCCUUUUCUUGUUCUGGUAAUUUCAACACAUGGAGUGGGUGUGUACAGGUAUGACGCCUCACGUGACUCAUGUCUGUUUUGUCGGUCCUCAACUGUCAAAUCCCACAUUCCUGUUAAUGUCACCUGAGCUUUGAUUUUUGUCAAUGAAUGUACUGUGUAGUUUGACAUAGUGAUAGUCCCUCAUUUUCAUUGUGUAAAAGCCAGUUUUUUGUUUUGUUUUUAGUUUUUCUUUUUUAAAGGAAGCAUUCUAAUGAUGUGUAAGGAACUUCUACCUUUUUGAUUGUCCGUAAAGCCAGCCUAUUUUCAAUGUGUAACUUUCUUCAUACUGAAGGUUUUCAUCUGUUAAUGGUUGGUCAUUUGUAAUAAAGGCACACUCAUUCAAGAUGCAAAACUCUGACAUCAGUGAAAAAAAAGUGUAAUGAACACAAAUUUUUGUCUAUGAAGUUUUCCAUUCUUUUUCUUUUCUUUGAUACUAUGUGAAAUUGUCUCGAAUAAAAAAAAAAUACUGGUUGUUAAAA